GAGGACUUCAACUGCAAACUGAUCAAAGAGCAAAUGGCAAUGGAGAAAGCAGUGAAGAAGCCUCAUGCUGUUUGCAUCCCAUACCCAUCUCAAAGUCAUAUUGGCGCAACGCUAAAGUUGGCCAAACUUCUCCACCAUAAAGGCUUUUACAUAACAUUUGUUCACACAGAAUAUAACUACAAACGUUUGCUGAAAUCAAGGGGUCCCAAGUCGCUGGAUGGUUCACCAGAUUUCAAGUUUGAGACCAUCCCAGAUGGCCUCCCACCUGCUGAAAAUGAUGAUGUUACCCAAGAUGUUUUCCAGCUUUUUCCUUCAAUUGCAAAAAAUUUCUACCGCCCAUUUGUUGAUCUGAUUAGAAGGCUCAACAAUAAGGCUUCGGUGGAUGAUGAAUUUCCUCCUGUAACUUGUAUAAUUUCUGAUGCUGUUAUGUCCACAUUCACAGUUGAGGCAGCUGAAGAACUAGGAAUCCCAGAUGUACUGUUUUGGACCAUGAGUGCAUUAACCGUCAUGUGUUUCUCGCAAUUUCCUCAACUUCGUGAACGAGGGUAUACACCACUCAAAGAUGCAAGUUGCUUUACCAAUGGGUACAUGGAAAAUACCAUUGAUUGGAUUCCUGGAAUUAGUAGUGUCCGAUUAAAAGACAUCCCAACCGUAAUCUGGACUACUGAUCCCAAGGAUGAGUUUGUGGAUUAUUUAGUUAAGCUCAUACCAUGGACUUUGAAGGGUGCUGCUGUCAUUCUGAACACUUUCGAGCCGCUAGAACACGGUAUUUUGGAGCAAUUUUCUCCCAUGAUGGAUCAUGUAUACACUCUUGGACCAAUUCACUUGCUUCUCAAAGAGGUGCAAAAGGAUGACCAUUCCACAGAAGCAAUCCAAUCAAAUCUAUGGAAAGAAGAUGACAGUUGCAUCGAAUGGCUGAAUUCCAAGAAGGCAGGCUCAGUCGCUUAUGUUAACUUUGGUAGCGUUACAGUCAUGACUGAAAAUCAGUUGGUUGAGUUUGCAAUGGGACUUGCCAAUAGCAUGCAGUACUUUCUUUGGAUAAUCAGGCCUGAUCUUGUCAAUGGAGGGCCAAUCGAUCUCCCGCCCGAAUUCUUCAUUGCUUCUAAGGAUAGAGGGAUGUUAGCUACGUGGUGUAAUCAAGAACUCGUUCUUAGUCAUCCAUCAGUUGGUGCAUUUUUAACACACUGUGGAUGGAAUUCUGUUCUUGAAAGCUUGUCGGCUGGAGUACCUAUGAUUUGCUGGCCAUUUUUUGCAGAUCAACAGACUAAUUGCUUGAGUUGUUGCUCUUACUGGGGUGUUGGCGUGGAGAUAGAUAGUAAUGUGAACAGAAAAGAGGUGGAGAAGGUGGUAAGAGACUUAAUGGAGGGAGAAAAGGGCAAGGAAAUAAAGAAGAAGGCACUGGAGUGGAAGACCAAAGCUGAAGAAGCAGUAAAACCUGGUGGAUCUUCAUACUCGAAUCUGGAUAAGAUAAUUGGAGAAGUGCUUCUGUCCCCUGAAAUUUGAAUUUAUGUACUUAAAGUUUCCUUUUCCAUUUCAUCUUUUCAAGGGAAGAUCAUCAUCUGAUUGACCAUUUAGCACUAUGAUCAUGCAUUUGUAUCUCAAAAAUGAAAUCGGAUGAACCAUCCAAAGAGUUGGGACCUCGCGAUUUCAACAAUCGUUUGUAGUUGUAUUCUGUGUGAACAAAUGUUUUGUGAAAGCCUUUGCGGUGGAAAAGUUUGGCCAACUUCAGCAUUGCGCUAAUAUGGCUUUGAACUGGA